AGCAGGGCACCAUGCAAAACCCCAGCAGGAGGUCCACUAUCUCUCUCGCUGGACCCCCUGCUUGUUCCGGGGUCCAAGGUUGGGCUGACCUCCCAGAUGAGUUGCUCCAUCCCAUCGUUGCUCGGCUGGGCUCCUUUCGAGACAUUCUUGGCUUCGCCGCAACAUGCCCCUCUUGGCGUACUGCCUACUCUUCACACCCAUCGAAAUCUACAUUCCGCACAAGAUUCCCACCUCUCCUCAUCCAGCCCCGUGUCCGUCAACGUCCUCUUCUUCCUCCUACUGAUGGUUGUCGUGAGCUACUCACAUGUAAGGUUGUUGAUCCAGCCAACCCGAACGCGGCCCUUCGCUGCCAGAUUCCUCAAGAAACCCUGGAGAAUAUGAAAUGCAUCGGCUCUUCCUAUGGCAAUCUCAUCUACUACUGCAAUGGAUGUUGUCGCAUCGUGGAUGUCUUCACUGGCCUGGUGUGGAGGUUUCAGCUCCAUGCAUGUCUCCCACUCAGUGCCAAGAACUGUACGAUAUACGGCUUUAACGGCAUUCUAACAGCCCCUGUCGCAUCACCCAACUCACAUCUCCUUGUCAGUACCACCACCUCCUACCACGACCACGAGUCCUACUUUUUUGAUUGGCCUGUUGGAAGCGACUCUUGGUCCCAAGUCCGGAUUCCUUAUAUGUGGUCAGUGGACCAGAUUGUGGAAUUCAAUGGCGAGCCCGGAAAAAUGGGGAAGGAGGAGCAACACCGCGUACCAUGCCGACGGCCUCUCUCAGACUUGUUCUUUCCACGGAUUGUGGGAGGAGACGGAUCAUUGGAAUUCGCCGCCUUCUCGCGAUAUCGUGGACUGCUACUCCGACCCUGCUUGGGCUGUACGCUGGGACGGCGAACGGGACCCCGUGGAGUUAGCUCUGCCAGUAUGGCUGUACCCAAGCAUGUUCUACUCUGGUGCCGGAGAGUGAUCCGCCGGCCCAGCCAUAGCUCUCGCCGCGGCACUUGGCCUCUUUGAAGGCUUCCAUUCCAUUUGGUCUGGGUGUGUUGGUGGCGGCGGCGUUGGUUCUGUGACCGUGAGCUUGCUAGAGUUAAUUACCCAAGUCGAUCUCAUGCUGUUGGUCUAUCAAUAUGCUACUGUCAUGUAUACUUACUAUAUAUUCAGGACAUGCUUUUGAAGCAGCCAUGGCAGCACAUGAUCUGGUACUGAAGCUAUGUUUUGCAAUAAAAAUGAAAGAAGGUUUACUGCU